CCUUUGAGCUGUUGGCUUGCUGCUCUUCCCCAUGGCAUCUCCCCUGGAGCAGGCGCUGGCCGUGAUGGUCUCCACCUUCCACAAGUACUCAGGCAACGAGGGGGACAAGUACAAGCUCAGCAAGCAGGAGCUCAAAGAGAUGCUCACCAAGGAGCUGCCCAGCUUCAGCAGACAAACCAGUGAGGCCAGUUUACAGCAGCUCAUGAGCCAUCUGGACAGCAACAGCGACAGCGAGGUGGACUUCCAGGAGUACGUGAUCUUCUUGGCCUGCAUGGCCAUGAUGUGCAAUGACUUCUUCCAGGACUGCCCUGAUAAGAUGCCGCGUAGGAAGUGAGCAGGGACCCUCCCGUUGUCUUCCUGAUGCUCUUGUAAUAAAGGAUGCUUUCAACCCAA